AUGAGUCAGGCUACUCCGGUGCGGGUAAUCCUUCGAUAUCGCGAACAACCUUUUCAAAAUCUUAACGCAAUCAUCAACGCUUUUGUUAAAUGGCGUGAUAUUCAACCUCUAGAAGACUACUGUACACAUAUAUGUAGCAAUCUUCAUUCUUCUCUGUUAUAUCUCGUUCUCGAUCUCUACUGCAAAACAUGUCCAAAUGUCCAUCUCAACGAAUUAAACCUCGAAGUCUUUAAAGUCUCGGGAAUUGAUUCAUUGUGCGAUCUCGGAGAGGCAGCUCGCAAGAAGGUUUACCAGCGAUCUGUUUCUCUGGACUGGGGGGAAGGCAACCAGUCUAGUCAGAGGAAUUAG